CCGCCUGGGCAGCUGUCAGGUUUUAUUGGUUGUUGGUUAGACCAAGCAGGGUCCACUAGUCUUGGGCUGCAGGGAGGCUGCUGUGUCCCCUGAGCACCUGUGGCACAGCGAGCCACCGAGAAGAGCAGAGAGCGGCAGUCCUCACCUAGCCCGGGGCUUCGCACCCAAGCCCACUUAGCUCUAUCCAGACCAGAACUCCCCGUGCCCUCCCUGCCUAUCACCAGCACACCCACUGGCCCGGUAAGAACGGCUGCACGCUUUGCCAAGAUGUCCAAGGUAGCUAAGUACCGGCGGCAGGUGAGCGAAGACCCCGACAUCGACAGCCUGCUGUCCACCCUCUCCCCUGAGGAGAUGGAAGAGCUGGAGAAGGAGCUGGACGUGGUGGACCCGGAUGGGAGCAUUCCCGUGGGGCUGCGGCAGAGGAACCAAACGGACAAACAGCCCUCGGGCACUUUCAAUCGGGAAGCCAUGCUCAACUUCUGUGAAAAGGAGACCAAGAAACUUAUUCAGAGGGAGAUGUCUAUGGAUGAAAGCAAGCAAGUGGGAAGGAAGACGGAUGCCAAGAAUGGAGAGGAAAAGGGAGGUGAUGCCAGCAGAAAGGCCCCAGGUCCCAGACAGGACCCAGACCUGGGCAAGGAGCCGAAGAAAGGAGUUUUAAAGAAAAGUUUCUCCAGGGAUCGAGAGGAGGCUGACAGCAGAGGGAGUGAGAAGCCGAAGGAAGAAAAGGUCAUCAGGGGCAUUGACAAGGGCCGCGUCAGGGCUGCGGUGGACAAGAAGGAGGCUGGGAAGGACGGCCGAGAAGAGAGGGCGUCCACCACGAGGAAGGAAGAAGAGAAGGCAGGGGGUGUCAGGACCACGGGCUUGAGCAGAGACAAAGACAAGAAGAGAGAAGAGGCGAAGGAAGCCAGCAAGAAGGAGGAGGAGAAGCUAACAGCAGAGAGGAGGCACACAGUCUCCCCAAGGGAGGAUGGAAGGCUGAAAAAGUCAAGCGAGAACACGGACAAGAAGCCAGAGGAUGAGGGAGUGGGGAGUGGGGACAGACACUUGAGAAAGGAGGAUGAAAAAGUUAAGAAGGAAGAGACUGGACCUGAUAAGGAAGUCAGGGAAGAAAGCAAGUGCAAAGCCACGGAGAAGCAGGCCCUCGGUGGCCCCAGCAAGCCCUCCGACGGGCAAGCCAGAGCGGAAGAGGAAGCAGCUCCCAGCAUAUUUGAUGAACCCCUGGAGAAAGUAAAGAAUAAUGACCCAGAGAUGACUGAGGUGAUUGUCAACAACUCAGACUGUAUCACCAACGAAAUCCUGGUCCGGUUUGCUGAGGCCUUGGAGUUCAACACCGUGGUCAAGGUGUUUGCCUUGGCCAACACACGGGCUGAUGACCACGUGGCCUUUGCCGUUGCCAUCAUGCUCAAGGCCAACAAGACCAUCACCAGCCUCAACCUGGACUCCAAUCACAUCACAGGCAAAGGCAUCCUAGCCAUCUUCCGGGCCCUGCUGCAGAACAACACGCUGACAGAGCUGCGCUUUCACAACCAGAGGCACAUCUGUGGGGGCAAGACUGAGAUGGAGAUCGCCAAGCUGCUCAAGGAGAAUACCACCCUGCUCAAGCUGGGCUACCAUUUUGAGCUGGCCGGCCCCAGAAUGACGGUCACCAAUCUGCUAAGCCGCAACAUGGAUAAACAGCGACAGAAACGGCUGCAAGAGCAAAAGCGGGCCCAGGAAGCCAGUGGAGAGAAGAAGGACCGGCUGGAGGUACCCAAAGCCGGGGCUCUGGCUAAGGGCUCUCCCAAACCCUCACCCCAGCCAUCCCCAAAGCCUGCUCCAAAGAACUCACCCAAGAAAUCAGGCGCUCCGGCAGCCCCGCCUCCCCCUCCCCCUCCCCUGGCCCCGCCCCUCAUCAUGGAGAAUCUAAAGAACUCACUCUCACCAGCUACGCAAAGGAAGAUGGGAGACAAAGCACUCCCUGCCCAGGAGAAGAACUCUCGUGACCAGCUCCUGGCCGCCAUCCGGUCCAGCAACCUUAAGCAGCUGAAGAAGGCAAGUGGUGGUGGUGGGCACAGCUCUGGGGCCAGGACAGUCCUAGGCUUGUACACAGGGAACACACACUGA